UCGCCUCUUCUCACUGUUUGAUUGGUUUGUUCUGUGGGGCAGCAGUGGGCUGAAACAGGACGCGCGCUGUCACCGCAUCCAUUGGCGUGAUUUUUUUUUUUUUUAAAGAAUUGUUCUCCUGACAGGAUUACCCAGAGGGAGCGUUUUGGGGGCUUAUUAAUUGCGUCUUGAAAGUUGGAGCUGUUGCAGCCAAUAGGAUCGUAUCCAGCCUCAAACACCAGGAUCCGGACGGGGCGAGUUGGCAGCAGUCAGAAACCUUUGCAGCAGCAGCAGCAGCAGUAGUCAAGUUCCUGUGGAGGAUAAACUGUUGCCUUGAAUCAAACUUUGUCUUUGAACUUGUAGGAUUUCGAUCUGCCUCCCCCUUGAACUCCCCCCUCCUUCACCCUCAGCGCUCGGAGGGUGAGAGAUGGAGAGCCGCAGGUGACUGACCGCUCAGCGCCGCUUCAGGACUCCUGCUGGGGAUUCACUGGUCAUACUGGGGACACCCAGGAGCUCCGGGCAGGAUGAUGUAUGGGCGCUACACCCAGGAGCUCGGGGUGUACGCCAAAGAGGAGGCCGCUCGGCUGAGGGAGAGCGGGCAGAGGCGAUCGGUCAGCGACCGAAGCCGGACCCUGGACCUGCUGGAGUACGACAAGGGACGCUGUGCCAAGUGUCGCAGGUCAGGGUACCCGUAUGUUCUGGAACCUCCAGCCCAGGACUUUAUAUCUGUCUGCACGGUUCGCUGUCAGAAGUUCCUGAUCUCACGGGUCGGGGAGGACUGGAUCUUCCUCAUCCUGCUGGGACUCCUCAUGGCUCUGGUCAGCUGGGUGGUGGACUUCUGCAUCGCCAUCUGCCUACAAGCACAGAAGUGGAUGUACGGUGGUCUGGACAGUAACGUGUUCCUGCAGUAUCUGGCCUGGGUCACCUACCCCGUAGUCCUCAUCACCUUUUCUGCUGGCUUCACUCAGAUUCUCGCCCCGCAGGCUGUUGGUUCAGGCAUUCCAGAGAUGAAGACCAUCCUGCGAGGUGUGGUGCUGAAGGAAUACCUCACCUUUAAAACUUUUGUGGCCAAAGUUAUCGGCCUCACCUGUGCUCUGGGCAGCGGCAUGCCUCUGGGCAAGGAGGGUCCAUUUGUCCAUAUUGCCAGUUUGUGUGCUGCACUUCUCAGCAAAUUCAUGUCCCUGUUUGGAGGAAUCUAUGAGGAGCCUGGUGGUAUUGGGAUUAAGGACAUCGGUCUCAUAGGAAUGAAGAAUGAGUCAAGGAACAUCGAGAUGCUGGCAGCAGCCUGUGCUGUGGGAGUGGGCUGCUGUUUUGCUGCCCCCAUAGGAGGUGUGUUGUUCAGUAUUGAAGUAACGUCCACAUUCUUUGCGGUGAGGAACUAUUGGAGAGGUUUCUUUGCCGCUACCUUCAGUGCCUUCAUCUUCAGAGUACUGGCUGUUUGGAACAGAGACGAAGAGACCAUCACAGCACUUUUUAAAACCCGUUUCCGGCUAGACUUUCCCUUUGACCUCCAGGAGCUUCCUGCCUUCGCUGUCAUUGGCAUUGCCAGUGGGUUUGGAGGCGCUUUGUUUGUCUACCUGAACCGACUGAUUGUCCAGUUCAUCAGGAAACAGAAGGCCAUCAACAGAUUCCUCAUGAAAAAGCGUCUGCUGUAUCCAGCACUGGUCACUUUACUCAUCUCCACACUAACAUUCCCUCCUGGAUUUGGACAGUUCAUGGCCGGAAAGCUGACCCAGAAGGAGUCUCUGGUGACAUUACUGGACAACAGGACGUGGGCCAAACAGGGCAUCGCUGAGGACUUUGACUACAUUGGACACUCCCAAGCCUGGAAACAUCCACAGCUCAAUGUCUUCGUCACAUUGGUCCUCUUCAUCGUCAUGAAGUUCUGGAUGUCUGCCCUGGCCACCACCAUCCCUGUGCCCUGCGGAGCCUUCAUGCCAGUAUUUGUCAUUGGGGCAGCCUUUGGUCGUCUGGUAGGAGAGAGCAUGGCAGCUUGGUUCCCAGAUGGCAUUCACACAGAUGGUACCAUCUACCCCAUAGUGCCUGGAGGCUACGCUGUCGUGGGUGCUGCAGCCUUGUCGGGAGCGGUCACCCACACGGUUUCCACUGCAGUCAUAGUGUUUGAGCUGACUGGCCAGAUCUCCCACAUCCUGCCGGUGAUGAUAGCGGUGAUCCUGGCCAACGCCGUGGCCCAGUCCCUGCAGCCCUCCCUCUACGACUCCAUCAUCAGGAUCAAGAAGCUGCCCUACCUCCCAGAGCUGGGCUGGGGUCACCACGAGAAAUAUAAUAUUCGAGUGGAGGACAUCAUGGUGCGGGAUGUGCGGUACAUCACACUCAACUGCUGCUACCGAGACCUGCACAACGUCCUGCUGACGGGCCACCUCAAGACUCUGGCACUGGUGGAAUCGGCUGAGUCGAUGAUCCUGCUGGGCUCCAUCGAGCGCGCUCAGCUCCAGUCGCUGCUUUCACAGCAGCUCGGUCGGUCCAAACGGCUGGAGUACAUCAGAGAGCGAGCCGCCGCAGAGAAGAAGCAUUUGUCUGUUGUGUCAAUCCCAGGCAGCGAGGACGGCAGCCAGCGGGCCAGUCAGGAGGUCCGCUUCCAGAUCUCUACUGAGGAGUCAUCCUUCAGCCCGACCCGUCCAGCACCUCAGAAGCCCCUUAAACCUGCUCUGAAAAGACCCUCUGUUGUGGAGAGACCCACCGAGAUCCCUACCAGCCCUAAUGACAAUUCAGGCAUUGCACUGAAGAACCUGUUUUGUGCCAGUCCAGACACAGAAGGCCUGGAGAACAACAACAAUUUGGAGACCCCUGCGUCUCCUGAGCAAAGGAGGCCAUCCAAACGGGUCCGGAUAUCCGUCGUGGAGCCACCACCCAGCCUAAAGAGUUUCUUUGGGGAUGAUGGAGACGUGGAAGACGACAUGACCAUCAGAGAGAUUUCAGAGUGGGAGGAGAAGCAGCUUGAUGAACAGGUCAACUUCAACAACUGCAAGAUCGACCCCGCCCCGUUCCAGCUGGUGGAGCGCACGUCGCUGCAUAAGACCCACACCAUCUUCUCCCUGCUGGGCCUCGACCACGCCUACGUCACCAGCAUCGGACGCCUCAUCGGGGUGGUUUCCCUCAAAGAGCUUCGCAAAGCCAUCGAGGGCUCAGUGACGGUGAAAGGUGUGAAGGUUCGUCCACCUCUGGCCAGCUUCCGUGACAGCGGCACCAGCAGCAGCGAGAACGAGGCCACCGAGCUCCACAAGCUGUGGGAUCGCCACAAGAGCAUGUCGCUGCCGCGUGAACACACCCCCUCCGAGUCCGACGAGAAGUCCCAGUGAGGGAAAGUGGAGGAGGAGCAGGUGGAGGAAGAGGAGGAUGAGGAAGCGUUGAGGUCUUUAAUCUCCCAAAGCCACAAAAAUGCAAAAAUCCUCAGGGCUUAGGAUCAAUAUUUAAUUCUGGAAAGAGUUCUACUGCUACGCCAGCCUCCUCCUCACCUCCCUCCUCCCCCUCCCCCUUUGCUUCACGGACCACCUAGUGCUUUCUCCAGGAGCAUUGCACUGACCCAGCCAGACACUCCAUGGGGGAGUGGAACACAACUCAGCCUGUGCCCUGCUCUCCAUGCACCCUUGGGAACCCACAGCAGAGAGAAUGUGGAUUGGGGGGGAAACGAAGAAAAGACACACGUUGGCUGAGUCCAGCAGGGAACUGGGCCUGGGUGGGAAUCUUUUAAAAAGGGAUGUUUUUUUAGACCUUGUUUAGCUUGUGUAUGUUUAGAGUUGGGAUCAAAGUUUGGACCUGCAACAGCUAUCUUCUUUUGAAUGAGUCUUCCACUUCAGUAGAGAAAUUCAUCAGCGAUGACAAGGAAGAAUACUGUAAUGUAUGCGUGGACUGGAUGUGUGAGUGUAUGAAAUGAGAAAAUGUGAGCGUGCAUGGAGAGGGAGGUAGCAAACGACUAUUUCUUAUAGGAUUUUUUUUUUAUUGCCUUUAGAACAAAUUGCAGUCUUUGUUUUCCUGCUUGAAUCAUUUUAUUUCUGACUGAUCAGGUGGUCUGGGUUCGACUGGAAUUUGUCAUUUCUUUGUAAAUUACACUACAGUUUGUCCCACUGACAAGCAAUGGACUCGGAAGGAGACAGAUGCCUUAGUUUUCUGUACCAUCGCUCUUGUCCUCUCUACAUUCCUCUCUUCACUGCGAGUCUUAAUGGUCAGGUUGAGAGUACGGCCUAUGCAAGACAGACAUGCCGGUUGGCAGCGACGGAGGCACCUGUAGCCCUUUCGUAACUCACACUCCUUUCCUGUAGCUACAGCCUUGCGUAACGCGAGGCAGACGCAUAGAAACGCACACAAACACGCUGCAGCGAUGCACUCCGAGAGGUUUUCUUCUUAUCUAAAUAUAGCCCUUAAUAAGCGAUCCAGAGAAGGCUGAGGCGGAUGGAGAGGGCAGGAAGCGAGGGGAAGGAGGGAGGACGAGCCGAGAGCAAAUGGAUGGCUGAAAGAAUGAAGACAUCAUUACUUAACCAGCUGCUCUGGGCCCUCUCAUCAAUCUGCCUUUGUUUGCCAUGUUAGCUAACCUCCAUUACGUUGUAUCUGAGACACAACCCCAGCAGCUGUGUGACGUAACGGUCCACCGGGUCGGGCAACACAUCCAGCGGUCGGUGGCGACGUGUGAGCAGAAUCAGCUUGAUUAAUGCAGAGCGAUCAAUUGAGUGAACUGAAGAGUCAUCCGGUGUGAUUAAGCGACGAAAGGAAAUCCAUGAUUGACCAACAGGGAGCACUGGAAGAUGUGCUUUAAUCAUUUGAUAUCCAGCUAGUUUACCAACCGCAUCGCGAGUAAACCGUCAGUGCAGCUUCUACCCAACUACAGACUGAACCUGCAGCUGGAGGCAGUGACGUUUAACUGCAGCAUGGAGUGUGAUUUCUGAGCUGACCGAUAAUGUAAAGUACUUAGUUUUUAAUAAUUCAUUUCUCUUUCGUCCAACCCUCCAUCUGUCCCACCUUCAUGUUUACUUAUCUUAGCUACUGACCACAAACACGUCUUUCAGAAACGCGCUCCUUUUUCUACCAGAAUUUACUCUGAGGCCUGGAGAAAUACAGUCUGGAUGCCUUAAAUACGCCCUUACACACUCCCAGCUCCACCUCCGUGUACGAAGCAUUGCAUGGAUUUUAUUUUGUCGGGUGGCGUCUUGUCUUGAAUUUAAACGGCACACGGUGCAGCAGCAUGGCUUUGCAUGACAGAGUGCAUGUGGGGUUUGUUUUAUGUGAUGAAAACGUACCAAAAACAGAAGCCAGACAGACAUGAGUACAGGACGAGUGAAUGAUGCCUCAGUUUGCCAUCUUGUGCCUGUAUUUUCUUACCGUCUCCGCCAUCUUCCACUCAUUCCUGUGAGCUUUACUCGUUGCCUGAUUUUCAACUGGGGAUGGAAUCUUUAGGUUAGCAAACUUAUACUCACAGAUUAAUAUAUUUAAUAUUCUUGUAAUAUAAAAUCAUAAUUUAAUGUCUUAACCAAUCCUUACUAGUUGUCUCUUCUGUUUCAUAUUUGUUGAUGAUUUUGAAGUCGAUUAUCAUGCUGUUUUUAUCUUUUAACAUGCUGUCUGAAACAUUUCGACUAUUCCGGACGUUUCUGUGUAAACUAACACUAACAAGUGGGUGACGGCUCGCAGUGGCUGCCUGAUAGGAGAACAGAACAAAUGUUAAAGUGGUGUUAGGAGAGGUUAAUGUUGAAGGGACCGGCAUGUGGUCUGCUGUUAAGACGUUCGUUCCAUAAGUGCCUCUAGUGGAAUAAGCAAUCGACACCCGAGCUGCUUUUUAGUCCUGUAGACGAGGCACUUUUCACGCGCACACAAAUAUGUAAGUAGAGCGGUUGAUGUUUCAGCGUGGUGUGCAAUUAUCACCAUGGCAACCUGUCGCCUCCCCCUGUAUCUGCUCGCCCCGGGGACUGACUGAGAUCCAGUGAUUUGGUUCUGUUCAUUUGUUUGUGCUUUUCAUCGAUUUUCAUUCCGUUGCCUUCUGCCACAGCCUCUCCCCCUCCACCAGCAUUUCAGCAUGUUUUGUCUCAUUUGCCGCCAGACACAUACAGACCGAGCUAGAUGCAUAUUUAUUAGUCCUUAUUAAUCACAGUAGAAGUUGUACAUGUUUUUUUUUUCAUUCUUUUUACAGAUGAUCUACUUGUGGGUAAUCAAUUUGUGCAAUAACAGUUGUUCAUCUCACUCUGUAACCCAGUUUUAAUGAUGACAUGAAUGCAAGAUAACCUUAUUUUUGUAAAGAAACCUGAAAAGUGUAAAAAGAUGUAUGUAUAUGAGGAGAACCGACGCUCACACGGGAGCUUGUGUGUGAUGAAGCGAUGUUGGAAUGACGGUUUAGAGGGAAGGCUUUCCCAAAAGCUUCUGGGAGCUCACACUGAAAGCUCAGCAGAAUCGGCGUUGAAAUAUUUAACACACUGUUUGCACCUUGAGGUCUUUGUUCAAGAAGAAAAAUGGCUUCGAUUCUUUACUUCGCCUUUUGGGAAACCUUCCCCGUCUGCUCUUAAAAGGCUCUGUGGUGAAUUCUGCUGCAUGGACUUUUAAGCACUGACACUGAGUCAGUUAUAUCACGCUCCUCCCCUCGAUCCUCUCCUUCAGUCUGAGGGGCUUUGAUAAGACCAGAUCCUCACAUCAGCUGCUGAGGGUUAUCUUUUAUUCACUCCUUAGGGCUCUUAGGGACUGUACAUUGUAUAUACUAGAGGCCUCCACUACGGCAAACCCCGAGGGCCAAACCAGACGGAGCUGAACAAAAAUCCAGAGCUAUUUUUCACACCGAAAAAUGAAAUAUUGUUUUUGUAUAUCAGUGAUGAAUAAAUGAAAUUUUAACAAACAA